AUGACUGAUCAGACACUCGAAGCUCCUCUUUUGUGUCCACAAGGAGAUCAUAUUAACGCCAACGAGGAAGAUUCUCUCUGCUGCAGAAGUCAGGCAUGGCGACAGUCAUUUUCACUGGUCGUUGAAGAGAUGAAAGCGCUUUACAUGAUAGCUCUCCCCAUGAUCAUCACUGGCCUACUGGUGUAUGGAAAAUCUGCAAUAUCGAUGCUGUUCAUGGGGAAAUUGGGGAAGGAAGCACUAGCAGGAGGUUCUCUUGCAAUCAGUCUCGCCAACAUUACAGGCUACUCUGUCAUCUCUGGUCUCGCCAUGGGCAGUGAACCAAUCUCCUCUCAAGCCUGCGGAGCCCGUCAAUGGCCGCUCAUGCUUCAAACUCUGCAACGCACUAUUGUCAUUCUCACCAUUGUCUGCAUACCCAUUUCAGUCUUAUGGCUUAAAUCCGAACCUUUUCUUCUCCUUUUACAUCAAGAUCCUGCUAUCUCAUCAAUUGCCUCUACUUACCUGGCUUUCUCUCUCCCAGAUCUUCUCUUUCAAUCCUUCAUCAACCCCCUCAGAAUCUACCUCACCACUCAAAACAUAACCCUUCCCCUCAUGGUCGCUGCGGCUUUUGCACUUGCCCUUCAUGCCCCAAUCAACUACGUUAUAGUUUAUCGUCUUGACCUUGGCGUUCAAGGCAUUGCCUUGGCAACCGCCCUGACAGAUUUCAAUCUUCUCAUUGCCAUUUUGAUUUACCUUUGCUUUUCAGGUGUUUGUGGUAAGUCAUGGCAGGGAUUAUUUUGUCUUGGAUGCUACAAUUAUAGCUUUGGGAAAACUAUCAUCAGCCAGAGAUCCAUGGCGAUUAUGCGGUGUAUUCAGGUGCAACCAGGGCAGGAGAUGACGGUGGAGGAAUUCAAGACGUGGCUGCGUCGAUACGACACCGACCACGACGGGCGCAUAAGCCGUGAGGAGCUGAAGGAGGCGCUCCGCAGCCUCCACGUCUGGUUCACUUGGUGGAAAGCCCGUCAAGGGAUGAAGGAAGCCGAUACAAACCGCAAUGGCCAGAUAGACUCCGCCAAGGAAACCGAGAGGCUCGUCAACUUUGCUCAACAACGCUUGCACAUGAAAAUUUAUGACAGCCUCUGGUGA